AUGCCAUCCAAAUCGGAAACAUCCACACCUCCACAACCCACCGGAACAUUCCAAAUCCACUACUUCGCCACCGCAGCCAGCUACACGCGGAAACAAACAGAAUCGCUCCCUGCACCAUUACCUCUCUCAAAGCUCUUUGGCGUUCUCGAACAGCGAUAUCCCGGUAUCAAGGAGAAGGUGCUUGUUAGUUGUGGGGUUAGUUUGGGGAUGGAGUAUGUGGAUGUUAAUGAGGAUGAUGAUGAUGAUGAUGGUGAUGCGACGAUGAUAAAUCCGGGGGAUGAGGUUGGGAUUAUUCCGCCUGUUAGUUCGGGGUAG